AUGACUGGUGGUCGUCGUAAAGGAAGAGGUCGUGGAGGCCGCAGAGGCAACAAGGAGCUUCCCAACCCCAAUCCGGACACUCAGCAGCCAAGCCAAGACCAUGAGCUUAUUCCCAACCCGGAUCAUCGGGAGACCAGCCUGGAUCAUGAGCUUACUCCCAACCUGGACCAUCGCCAGCCAAGUCUGGACCCUGAUGUUGCCCUUGAGCAUGGUGACGUGGUGGAUGCUCAAUCCUUUCCUUCCUCGUCCCCUCAACGCUCCCCAACUCAUUCGCAUACUGGGUCCGUAGACAGCCAUGUAUCACUGGCAUCGCAUGUGUCGUCAGUCGCAGAGAUCCUCCCCAAAAAAGGCAAAAAGAGAGAAAAAAGGGCCAACAAGCUGUCUGAUGAGGAGGAGGAAUUGAUGGUCGCCUUCCUGGAGGAACACGAGAUGCUUUGGAACAAGAAAGUUAUGAACUACAGGAGGACAGAUCUGAAGAACGCUGCGUGGCAGAAGCAGGCGGAAACCAUGUCCAAGGAGGUAUCUCAUCUGCAAGGUUGGUUCAGGGGCAUGAGGGACAACUUCACGCGACUAGAAAAGAUACCUAAGUCUGGGUCCGGGCAACGGGUAUUUACAGAGAGGGAGCUCUGGACAUUGAAGAAGUUCCAAUUUCUUCAAAAGAUCGUGUACCACAGACCAGAGCCACUUAGCAGUGUGAAGGAUACAAUUAAUGCAAACAGUGGAGAUCUCUCGGCUGCUGAAACUGAGUGCGCCCUGGACGGCAUGGAGGUGACCGAAGAGGAGGAACAGGCUCCAAAAUCUUCCCAUAAUGCUGGUAGAAAGAGAAAGAGCACGAAGUUGGAAGACACAGUCCUGGCCACAUUACAGGAGCGGCUGCAGGAGUCUGGCCAGCAGAUGAUCCAGUUGCAGCAGGCAAUGCGACCACAGACACCUGCAGAAGUCUUUGGGAACUACGUGAAGGGGACACUGUUGAACUUGUCGGAACGAAAAUUCAAAAAGGCUCGCACGGCAAUCAGCAGGAUCCUAGAAGAGGCUAUGGAAGAUAGCGACGAGGAAGAGCCUCCACGAGUCACACCAUCACGUUCCAGCUCCUUCCAACCCAGCUCUGCACCCCCCUUCUCGUCCUCUCCCAAGCCGGCGGAGCAGUGGCAGCCGGCCCCAGACCUGUGGAAGAGCACUAAACCACCAACUGCAUCGAUAUGGCAAUCCCAGGACUGCGGAUACGUGGAGAGGUACAGAUCCAGCAUGACCAACCAGAUCCCGCCGCCUCCUCAGGGUCCAACGCAGCUCUCCCACCAUCUGCCUAACACCCAACUGCAGCCACAUCAAUACCCGCAGCAGCAGCAUCAGCAACACCAGCACCCCAAUCAUCAACAUCGAUAUCAGCAGCAGCAUCAAUACCACCACCCCAAGCAGCAGCAGAGCGUGUCCGAUAUCAUCCGCAGUGCCCACCAAGUGCUCCCCACAACCUGUGAGCGGGACCUAGGAGAUAUGGCUAACAUCUCAGGCUUAUCUUCAUUAUUGGAGACAUCUUCAACCUCAGGUCAGAUGGCAUCUUCGACCUCGGGCCAGAUGACACCCAGGGAUUCAAAUACUCCUACUAUGUCUGGUGCCGGUGAGAAUCAGUCUUGA